UCCUUUCAUCGUGUAAAUGAAUAAUUGUAUUUGCAUCGAUCACAGCACAGCUUCCAGUUUCGUGGCACUAGCUAGCCUCUUACAGCUUUCCCUCCUGUCUUAGAAGAGCUUCCAGGUCACCUAAUGGUCACCAGGGCCUAGCUUGCUGGGGUACUGUCUUCCAAAGCAGGUACGGGUGGUCUGCAGUGGUCAUGACUGGAGCAAGGCCUUCUGGAGCAGGAGUCACAGCUUCAGUUGCCAUUAUCUGUUCAGUUGGCGUGUGUCACAGGGCUUUCAAGUGUAUACAGCAGGCUGGCUGUCCAAGAGGGCUUGCUCUUUAAAAGCUUCCCAGCUCCAAGCUGCCGGACUUAAGGGAAGGGUCUAUCCAAAGGUCUCAUCUACCCAUUCUUGGGAGUUGCCUUAGGGUUUCUAUUGCUACCCCGAAACACCAUGACCAAAAAGCAAGUUGGGGAGGAAAAGGUUUAUUUGGCUUACACUUCAACAUUGCUGCUCUCACCUGCCCUUCAGGGUGGCUGCUGCUUCCUUGGGUAGAGGCCCUACGGCUUAGAGAAAAGUAGCUCAUGGACAGGGGCCACCACUGGCCCCAGGAUUGCUGAUUCCUGUAAGAUGGGGAUGGAAGAGGAGUGGGUUAGCAUCCUGUGCAAGAGGUAAAUCCCAAAAGACUACGGUUGACUGGCUUUAAGGGACAAGACAGAUCACAUGUCUCUAGCUUGGAGACUUUGGACACUCCAUGCCCCAACAGUGACAGUGAGGGGAAAUGAGCCUAAGGAAUAUCGUGCUUGGAGCCCGUUGGGAGAUUGUAAGCACUCAGGCUGCUGGAGUGAGACUAGAGAUCGGUGGGAAUGUGACAUAGAGAUUGUCCUAGUCAGGGUUAUUAUUGCUGUGAUGAAACACUAUGACCAGAAGCAAUUUGGGGAGGAAAGGGUUUAUUUGGCUUAUACUUACUGUUCAUCACUGAAGGAAGUCAGGACAGGAAUUCAAACAUGGCAGGAUCCUGGAGGCAGGAACUGAUGCAGAGGCAAUGGAGGGGUGCUGCUUACUGACUUGCUCAGCCUGCUUUCUUAUAGAACCCAGGACUACCAACCCAUGAAUGGGGCACUACCCACCACAGGCUGAGCCCUCCCCUGUUGAUUACCAAUUGAGAAAAAGCCUUACAGCUGGAUCUCAUGGAGGCAUUUCCUCAGCUGAGGCUCUUCCUCUCUGAUGACUCUAGCUUCUGUCAAGUUGACACACAACUAGCCAGUACAGGAGUUUUGCUCGGUCAUAAAAAAAAGUUCCACCAAACCCCAACAUUUUAACAAUGCUCCACCCUGUCCCAGCUCCAGCUAGUGGUAACCUAAUCGCCCCUGCAACAGGGCAAAGAGUUCUAUCUGGUACUUAAAGUAAGCACCCAGGGUAGCAAUACUUGCCAUAGGAGGCGGUAUUUACGGUAACGGGAGAAGACUGCGCGGCUGCAUUUACGGUAACGGGGCCGGGCUGGCCAAGGCCGGGCAGCUGGGUCAGCUCCGCCAGUUCGCUGCGCUCUCAGGUGAGAGCACCCGCCCAGGACGUGCAGACGGUGCACAAUGUCCCCUCGGGGCAGUGAGGGGCCGUGGCCCUCGGGUUGGACCCACCGCAGCCACGCCCCGCAGCCAGCACCCCGGGGUCCGAGUGCAGCGCAGCCUCGCGCGUCCGCUGGAGCCACGGUCUGACCCGGGGGACCUGCCCGCGCCCCGCGCCCCGUGCCCUGAGCCCCAAUGGGCCUGUGCUACAGCCUGCGACCGCUGCUCUUCGGGAGCUCGGGGGAUGCACCCUGCACCGCGGACGACCCGCGCGCGGAGGACGCGCAGUCCAGCGCCGCCCCAACCCCAGCCCCGGCCCCGGUGCCAGCCCCGGCUCCAGCGGGGACCCUGCUCCGGCGAGGCGGCGGCCGGAACCCGGCGAGCGCUCGGCCGGUAGCAGACCUGCAGAGCCGGCGGCGACAGGAGCAGCUGCGCGCCGAGGAGCGGGAGGCGGCAAAGGAAGCGAGGAAAGUGAGCCGAGGCAUCGACCGCAUGCUGCGCGAGCAGAAGCGCGACCUGCAGCAGACGCACCGGCUCCUGCUGCUGGGGGCUGGUGAGUCAGGGAAAAGCACCAUCGUCAAACAGAUGAGGAUUCUACACGUCAACGGCUUCAACCCCGAGGAAAAGAAGCAGAAAAUUCUGGACAUCAGGAAAAAUGUCAAAGAUGCUAUCGUGACAAUCGUUUCAGCAAUGAGUACUAUAAUACCUCCAGUUCCACUGGCCAACCCUGAAAACCAGUUUCGGUCUGAUUAUAUCAAGAGCAUAGCCCCUAUCACCGACUUUGAAUAUUCCCAGGAGUUCUUUGAUCACGUGAAGAAGCUGUGGGACGAUGAGGGGGUGAAGGCCUGCUUUGAGAGAUCCAACGAGUACCAGCUGAUUGACUGUGCACAAUACUUCCUGGAAAGGAUUGACAGCGUCAGUCUGGUUGACUACACACCCACUGACCAGGACCUCCUCAGAUGCAGAGUGCUGACUUCAGGAAUUUUCGAGACACGAUUCCAAGUUGACAAAGUGAACUUUCACAUGUUUGAUGUUGGUGGCCAGAGGGAUGAGAGAAGAAAAUGGAUCCAAUGCUUUAAUGAUGUCACUGCCAUCAUUUAUGUGGCAGCCUGCAGUAGCUACAACAUGGUGAUCCGAGAGGAUAACAACACCAACAGACUGAGGGAAUCGCUGGACCUGUUCGAAAGCAUCUGGAAUAACAGGUGGUUGCGGACCAUUUCUAUCAUCUUGUUCUUGAACAAGCAAGAUAUGCUGGCAGAAAAGGUCUUGGCAGGGAAAUCAAAAAUUGAAGACUAUUUCCCAGAGUAUGCCAAUUAUACUGUCCCGGAAGAUGCAACACCAGAUGCGGGAGAAGAUCCCAAAGUCACCAGAGCCAAGUUCUUUAUCCGAGAUCUGUUUUUGAGGAUCAGCACAGCCACGGGCGAUGGCAAACAUUACUGCUACCCCCACUUCACCUGCGCCGUGGACACAGAGAACAUCCGCAGAGUGUUCAAUGACUGUCGGGACAUCAUCCAGAGGAUGCACCUCAAGCAGUAUGAACUCUUGUGAGGGCUGCCUCCCCCUCCCCCUCACCGCCGGCUCUCCUCCUUCUUGGUCACCCCCUGAGGCGGUGUAUCUCCCUAGCCUGCCUGUCUGUCCACCCCCGAGCCAUGGUAGGGCGUAGUGUUUAGUGUCACCAGGCUGCCCUCUGUCCUGUCCUAGGUAUGCCUACAUGUGACCAACAAGCCUUUGGCUACC